ACAUGUGUAAUCUUAGUAUAUGCUACAUCAAUGGUUUUGUCUUUGAUUCAGGACAAAUACAUAAAAAUAAGGGAAAGCCAUAGAAGUGUUGAGCAGUGAUUUAAAAAUACAUGGACAAUUUUCAUAAAAAUAUAUUCUUACACCAGGCCACUUUUUCCUCCCAGUCACAUGACUCCCACAUGUACUUCCCCUACGUGAAGACCAUGUACACUGCAGGCUACGCUCUCUCUCUAAUCUCUCUCACCAUCGCCAUCACCAUCCUCUGUCUCUUUAGGAAACUGCACUGCACCAGAAACUACAUCCACAUCCAACUCUUUGUCUCCUUCAUCCUGCGUGCUUCCUUCAUCUUCAUCAAAGACUCUGUGCUCUUCACCGAUGAAGACUUCUACCAUUGUGACGACUACCCAGUACGUAUCUACUGUACUUUGUAGUGACUGUCAAUGCAUGUGUAAAU